ACGCUGCACGAGCCCCAAAAGCAAAACAAAACUACUUCUCCACCUCCACCCACCUCCAUCGAUGCCAGCCCAUUUCUCUGACCUCAAGCUCCCAACCUCCCCUCACCGAACACCCACCAGAAAAAUCGGACCUUUCUCUCGGAUUCGGCCUCGCCGCCACCUGAUCUCCGAAACCCAGGAGGGGUUAGGCCUCGCUCCCUCCGAGUUUCCCGCCGUCCAUGGCCGCGUCCGCCGGGUUCGCCGGUCCUAAAUUGGAGAACUUGAGGCUGCGGGAAUUCUCGCCGUCGCCCGCCGCGUGCUCGCCGUCGAGGAGCUUCGCGCCGCUGAAGAGGGUGGGGCGGGGACGGCGAAAUGGAGGAGGAUUGGGAGGAGGAGUGAGGUGCGAGGUCACGACCGCGAAGCAGGACCCGCAGCUGAUGAUGGAGCUGUCGGGCGUCUCGGCUCUUGAGCAGCUCAAGGCGUCUGCUCUCGACAGAUAUACAAAGGAAAGAAGCAGUAUUGUGGUUAUCGGGCUUAGCGUUCACACGACACCUGUUGAUAUGCGUGAGAAGCUCGCCAUUCCGGAAGCAGAAUGGCCCCGAGCCAUUGAGGAGCUGUGUCGCUUGAAUCAUAUAGAAGAAGCUGCUGUUCUCAGCACCUGCAACAGAACAGAGAUAUAUGUGGUGGCUCUGUCUCAGCAUCGUGGAGUCAAAGAAGUGACUGAAUGGAUGUCUAAGACAAGUGGAAUCCCUGUUUCAGAGCUUUGUCAACACCGGUUUUUGCUGUACAACAACGAUGCUGCACGACAUCUUUUUGAAGUCUCAGCGGGUCUUGAUUCCCUUGUCCUUGGAGAAGGUCAGAUUCUAGCUCAGGUUAAACAAGUCGUGAAAGUUGGACAAGGAGUUGUUGGAUUUGGGAGGAGCAUCAGCGGACUUUUUAAGCAUGCCAUCUCUGUAGGGAAACGGGUCAGAACCGAAACACACAUUGCGUCUGGUGCAAUUUCCGUUAGUUCUGCUGCUGUUGAACUUGCAUUGAUGAAGAUUCCUGAAUCAUCGCAUGCUACGGCUAGAAUGUUAGUUGUAGGUGCAGGCAAGAUGGGGAAACUGGUGAUUAAGCACUUGGUGGCAAAAGGGUGCACAAAGAUGGUCAUCGUAAAUAGAAGUGAGGAGAGAGUUGCAGCUAUUGCUGAGGAGCUAAGAGGUGUGGAAAUAACCUAUAAACCCCUAACUGAGAUGCUAUCUUGUGCUGCUGAAGCGGAUGUGAUUUUUACAAGCACAGCUUCUGAGGCUCCUUUAUUUUUGAAAGAGCAUGUUCAAAAUCUUCCCCCUGUGGGUCAAGAAGUUGGAGGUUUGAGGCUUUUCAUCGAUAUUUCUGUUCCUAGAAAUGUGAGCCCAUGUGCUGCGGAUGUUAGAGGAUCAAAAGUAUACAAUGUCGAUGAUCUGAAAGAGGUCGUUGCUGCCAACAAGGAGGAUCGGCUUCACAAAGCCAUGGAAGCUCAGACUAUAGUUGCCGAAGAAACGAAGCAAUUCGAAGCUUGGAGGGAUUCGUUAGAGACCGUACCUACCAUCAAGAAAUUGAGAGCUUAUGCUGAGAGAAUCAGAAUCGCAGAGCUUGAGAAGUGCUUGUCCAAGUUGGGCGACGAUGUACCCAAGAAAACAAAGAGAGCCGUGGAUGACCUUAGCCGUAGCAUAGUCAACAAGCUCCUUCAUGGACCGAUGCAGCACUUGAGAUGCGAUGGGGAUGAUGGCCGUACGUUGAGCGAGACCCUCGAGAACAUGCAUGCUCUCAACAGGAUCUUCAGCCUCGAUACCGAUAUAACACAGAUGGAACAGAAGAUCAAAGCCAAAAUCGAACAGAGCCAGAAGUAAGCUCUUUUUCCAAGAUCCUUUCGAAUACCCUUUUUCACGACCUCAGGAGUUAAAAUUGGAGGAGAGAUUCUUUAUGCAUCUCGGCAAUGGAUUUUCUUCGCCAUUGUUGGGAUGUCGAUUAAGAUGGACAGAUAGCUGUUCUCAAAUCAUUCUUUCGUUGUAUUGGUUCAGAACACACAUGAUGUGCUGACCUCAAAUUCUUUCGCAUGAUUUAUGGUGCCAGUUUGGCUUCGUCGGAAGAGAUAAACAUACUUGUAAGCUUAACUUUAGUCAAUUGUAUCAAACCAUUCUCCCUCUUACUCUUACCUCAGGGAUUCUGUUUGUCGUA